ACUAGAUUGUUGCUCGGCAAUCUGUCCGAGGUUCAGACUCCCCGUCUGCUCAGCCGUAUACAAACAGUCGUAUGUUUUUGACCCAACUUUUUAGCCGACCUUUUGCGCAACCAGACUUGCCGCCGACUCUAUUUGCGCAUGCAUGGAAACGAUAACGCCGUAACACCAGUCCCUCAUGCACCCCUCAACACCAUGCAAUCACUUCAACUCAAGCUACCUACAAUUCGCCGGAAACAUCGAUGAAUGGGUGCGCAGGGGACAUUCUUACACACUCGAAGGAUAUAAACAUAGCUAUGGUGAAGCCAGAUCCAUCUGGGACGACUUUGUGGAACACGUUCUGGAGUUGAUGUCCGAAUGCCCUGACUACGCGGAUACUAUCAAGGAAUUACCGGACAGAGUUGCGCGCUGGCCCCUGAGAGGAUGUCACGAUCUGUUGCGACUAAAGGACGCACAUCUCCAGCCAUGGCUCAUCCUCGAUCAUGCUGAGCUCGAGCGCUUGUCAGACAUGCUACCGAGCUUCUCGGAGACCGAGCGACCGUACGAGAAUACGUGCUAUGACUAUUCAGCAGCUGCUGUGGCGCUGCAGUUCUUCGCUUCCUGCACCAAGAUGAUGCGAUCUUCCGUCCGUAAGAUUAUUCUUAAGGAGAACGAUGUGUCGGUAGCACAACUAGAAUGCCACGGUCGAGGUUUCGUUCCAAUAUGCCAAGAAAAUACAUCACUCCGCAUUGAACGCCGCGUCAGCCUGUGGAAAGCCGUGUUCUUGGUUUCUCCACGCCGCCAUCAAGAGUACAUCAAGAAGUAUAUCACAGCGGCAGAAAGUGACCAGGACAGCAGUAACUUUCAGGACGAUCUUUUGCGCGCUUAUACUGUCACAAAGUCGAUAGGAAAAUGGGUGACUGAGGCAAUGGCUUUACAAUCUCUCGGGAUGCCGGAAGGUUCGCAUACGCUUGUACUAGAGGGGGACUCCAUUCCGAAUCACACAGCCAACGUGUUCCGAAUCGUACAGCGGGAUGCUGCAUGGCAAGCUGCACUGGACAUAUGUUACUCCCUCGAUGUAUUCGAGUUCAAUCCUUCGUGGCUGAGUAGGCGCCUUCACCAGGCUUUUGCCUUCAGCGGGCUGCCUGAAAUGGUUUGUACGCUUUCCACGGAUAGUGCUCCAGUCAGAUGUAACUUCCCAUUGCACUCGCCGUUCGAUCUCGAUAGCAGUGUCCAGGAACUACUUGAGAGAUCAGGAAAUCUCUCAGGUCAUAAUCAUAGAUGGAGGUGGGCGGAGGAUUGGGGCACACGGUGGAGCAGACACAAUCCGUUAGAAUUCCAGACCGAAGCACCGUUGCCUCCGUGGCAUAUGCUUCGCUGGCGGCAUGUUCUGCAACAGAUCCCUCCUACGUACUUGAGGCGGUAGCAAAUCGAGUACCUUCGGCACGCGGUCACCCAUAUCGAUUACGGGACGUGAUGCACACACC